AUGACGUCUGCUGCGCGACCCACUUUCAAUCCUGCAAAGGGCAACACUCAUCAGGGCGGCAACCGCCUUUUUGCGCCCUCGGCUCAGACCUCGGCCAAGGACCAGCCAGGGCACAAGGAAUUGAAGCUGCGCCGACCCGGCCAGAGCGCCCCCUCUGACAUGCGGGCCAAGGAUCUCAAGGCCGAUCUGGAGGAGAGGGAGAGGCGGCAUUUUGAAACGAAAGGGGCGGGCCGAGAGCGAGAUGAAGAGGAAGAGGCGGUGCCGCGACCACCGCAGAUGAUAGAAUACAAGAGGAAGAGGGGGGACGAAGAAGAGAAGAAGAACAUCGACGCCGACGACUCGGAUUCGUCUGAAGACGAGGACGAUUCUGACGAUUCGGACGAUGAUAGCGAGGAAGAUGACACGGCCGAGCUCAUGCGAGAGCUGGAGAAGAUCAAGAAGGAGCGAGAGGAAGAGAGGAGGAGGCAAGAGGAGGAGCGGGAGCGAAUGGAGGCCGAGAAGAAGGACGAGGAGGUCAAGUUUGGCAAUCCACUGCUCGCCAAGGGCGAGGGGGACUUCAACGUGAAGAAGCGGUGGUAUGAGGACGUCGUGUUCAAAAACCAGGCCAAGGACGAGCCACAAAAGAAGAAGCGCUUCAUCAACGACACCAUCAGGAACGACUUCCACAAGAAGUUCCUCUCCAAGUAUAUCCAGUAA